CGCACGCCCGCCGUGUGCCUCUAGCGCACCGGCAGCCGCGCAUUGGGCAGCUCGCCAAAAAAGUCGUCGACAAAUCAUCGUCAGGGGCACAGCUGCUGGCCGACUGGCAGACUGACACGCCGCAGACGGGGACCUGUUCCUCCUCGCAACAGAGCGCACAUCAUCCUGCACGCUACGCUCCGGGCCACGCACUCGCUGCGCUGGCAUCGCUCUCUGUCUGUUGCCGUCUGCGCGUGCGGUCUGCUCUACUCCCUCGCGUCUUCCCGCCAGCGCGCGACGUCUGUCUGUGCGCGCGACCUUCUGGAAUCGGCAGGCCUCGUUAUUCCUCAAUUACGCCCACCCUGCUCUCGCUGUCUCACUUAAUCCCGCGCCUAAUUAACACAAGGCAGGAUUGUAUUGUCUCGCCGGCAUCCCCUCGCCCUCCUGCUGCUCGACAAUACACGCGCACCCGCAUCGUGCGCUCUCGGACUGCACUGGACCUGCGUCGAAUCUCGCCUUCGCCGCCAAACCGUUUGGCCAACUUUGCUCGCGACGCUCCGUACCGGCCGGCUCGAGACAUACUUCUGCUCCAUCCUCCUAGCGUGCCUCCCCUUUCUGCCGCGCUCUGUGCAAAAGCAUCGACCUCCUCUGUCUCAUCACCCUCCAGAGGACCCACUGUCAGCCCGACAAGUCAAGCCACGGGCUGCGCUAUCUCGGCACUGAUCCUCUGGAUCGUCCUGCUAACUGAACGCCAUCCUUUCGGCUGCGCUUCCGCCAAACCGUUGCACUGGAGCUCCCUUCUCGAGCGCACGACCACAACGACAUCAACCUUCCCAGAGGCCAUCGCCGUCUAUACACUCCUUUACAUCCCACUUGACGCCUGUCCCGGACCCUGAGCACUACCAGUUCCUUGGUUCUCUCAUCACUACCCAUUUCCACUUACUACUACUGUCGACUUACCGACGCGACUUAAUCCAUAAUCACACCGGCCUUGACGGUCCAUCGAUCCCUCGAUCCAUCACUGCCACCCGACACCUCGACCACCAUCGACAAAGUCUAUCGUCUCGAGAACAGUUUCUGCAAAAAUCUACAUGUUGCAUCAGUCUUGAAUUGGUUUGUGAGCACCGGUCUCUACAAUAGGGACCUUCAAAGCAAUCAUGACCGUCGCAUACGACAUGUCGUACCGCGGCUGGUCAAGUGGCUCGCAGGCCGCUGUCUGCCUCGAAGACAAGUUCGAAAUCCUCAAGGACAUUGGCGAUGGCAGCUUCGGGAGCGUUGCUCUGGGUAGGACGCGCAGCGCUGGCGCACACGUCGUCCGACGAGGCACUUUGGUGGCCAUCAAGACUAUGAAGAAGAGUUUUGAGAGCUUCGCACAAUGCAUGGAGCUGCGUGAAGUCAUCUUUUUGAAGUCUCUGCCCAGCCAUCCUCAUCUGGUUCCGGCUUAUGAUAUCUUCCUGGAUCCAUUGAGCAAGAAACUCCACAUCGCAAUGGAGUACAUGGACGGCAACCUCUAUCAACUGAUGAAGGCCAGAGACCACAAGCCACUGGACUGCCACAGCGUGAAGAGUAUUCUCUUCCAGAUUAUGUGUGGUCUCGAACACAUCCACGACCACAGCUUCUUUCAUCGUGAUAUCAAGCCCGAGAAUAUCUUGGUCUCGACGUCCGCACCCGAUUCAGGAAGCACCUUCAAACGAUAUUCGGCGAUGGUCACACCGCCAUCAACACCACCCUCCUACUCCAUCAAAAUCGCCGAUUUCGGACUUGCACGAGAAACGCAUUCGCGGGUUCCAUACACGACAUAUGUGUCGACGCGAUGGUACCGUGCGCCAGAAGUGCUUUUAAGAGCAGGAGAGUAUUCGGCGCCCGUUGAUAUCUGGGCAGUGGGUGCGAUGGCAGUCGAGAUUGCCACAUUGAAGCCUCUGUUUCCAGGUGGAAACGAAGUCGACCAAGUAUGGAGAGUCUGUGAGAUCAUGGGAAGCCCUGGCAGUUGGGUGAACAAGCACGGACAGAGAGUCGGCGGUGGUGAGUGGAAGGAAGGCAUCAAGCUUGCUCAGAAGUUGGGCUUCUCCUUCCCGAAGAUGGCGCCCCACUCGCUCGAAACUGUGCUGCCUGCACCACAAUGGCCGGCCAGUCUGGCGCACCUCGUAACUUGGUGCCUGAUGUGGGACCCCAAGGUUCGCCCAACAUCAAGACAAGCGCUCGAGCACGAGUUCUUCAAUGAUGCCGUGGAUCCCCUGAGACCUAAGAGCUCAGCCGCUCAGAAGACUUUGGGACGCAAGGCUUCUACCCACAUGAACGCCGGCGAUGACGGACUGCCAUCACUUUCUACGAAGACAUCUUCGUGGUUUAGGAAGUCGCUCGGACCGCGUGACGCCGCAGCACCACCUGUGCCCGAGUACGCACAGAAUUCGUCGCCUCGCCCAACACCAGUGCACGCCGAACCAACGGCCACGCUCAAGCAAGCCCGGCCCAGUGCCACGAAGCGCGCUACAUGGGCAAAUGGCGCCUCGAAUGCCGCACCCAUUCCCAUUCUGCCAUCUAUCCGACCAAUUUCGCCCCUUCCAGAUGCAUCAGUCGCUCAGGCAAGUGUGAGUCGGACCGAGCAAUCAGAAGAACGGUCAGGAAAGAAAAUCGGAAGACAGUUGUCUGUCAAUUCUCAAGGCAACCACUAUGCUGAGAUUCACCGUCAAGAAGCAGAGAGAGCUCUCAACGGCGCCUCUGGUCUCAAAUCACCAUCUGGUAGCCAAAGAGAAAGCUUCUUCUCGCACCUCCGAAAACGUGCGAGACGUUUCUCUGGAAAACCAAGUGGGCCGAACACACCUAGCGCAGAAGACAUCGAAGCAAACGUGGGUUGCGCUCCUUGGGCAUCGACAUCGAACAGACAAUCUAUGCAAGACGUCCAGCCGACCGCACCUGGUGCUGCAAAUGCGUCCGCAGACCCCAACUUCGCUGAGCUCGACCGAGCUCUUCAGAACGUAAGGUAUAGCCUGGAUGCGACGGCAAAUGCGGCGCCGGCACAGCCUAAGGUUCCAGCCAAGAUGGCGAGCAAUCCUGCUUUGAAGAGACACCACUCUCUUCCAUAUGCCAAGGACGACAUGUCAGCUGCCGCCCGCGCAAGACGCUCGGUCAAGGCUGCGCCGAGCAACGUUAGGUACGAAACACCUUGCGAAGAGGACGAGCUCCUGGACGAGGCCCUCAUCUCUGCCCAUCGUGCGGUGAAGCGACUCGACAACGGCGUCACACAGCCAGCGCGACCAUUGCUGCCGCAUGUCACAUCAGAGCCUACAUACAAUGCGCCCUACCUUACCCCAUCACCGUCCAAAGACCAAAUGACGGUCGACUUCGUCACGAAUGAUUACACGCCUACCAAGCCUGUGAACAUUCCUGCCGCUCGUCAACAGGAGAAGGCGGUACAAAACCCUCAAUGGCCCACUCCACCAUAUGAUGACAACGACUGGGCAUCUGGCGUCGCCGCCAGCAUAUAUGCCACACAGGCUGCCUUUCGGUAGUCGAUAUUGACAGUGACCAUGGACUGCAGCGACCUUGACCAACGUAUCUGGCGUCGUAAUGCACCGGUUGCUGCUCUCAAUCUCCUUUGUUUUCUUUUGACUUCAAGCAUAGCAUCGGCGCAGGGCUCUCAUCCUCCUCUGGCUGGCCCCAGCACGGCAUCAUUUAUCAGCAUUAGCAAUGGUAAUUUCUGGAGUUAUGGCACGGAACUGGGGCAAGGCGACAACACUCGCUUGCGAGGACGCGACACGGCGUUUUCAACAUCAAUACUUGUACAGGAUCUUCACUGGAUCAUCAAAAUUUUAUCCGCUCCCAAUGAGCAUAUAUUCCCUUGCAUCAGGAUCAUAUCUGCCUCCGACGACUGGAUCUUACACGGAAUGGACGCGGAGGCAUUGUACAGAAGAGAAUAGGGGACGGAAAGUGAAUGGGGAGGUCAAUCUGUUUUUCUUGUUGUGCGGAUGACAUGUGUUCUCCAGCGCAAUUGUUCAUCGAACACUGCUGAUAUACCCCAUGAGCGAACAUAUCCAUAACGGACGCUUGGUAGACUGUGGCGCUAUGAUAGGGCCCCAAGCGACAUAUGAUUAGGAUAGUAGCAUAUCUGAUCUACCAUUUAUUCCGCAAUUCGCC